AUGUCUCUGACAUCCCCAGGGCACUCCCACAGCUUGUGGCGCGAAGAGAUUCGCACUGACCGAAGUCUCACAUCUUGCUCCCCAAAAGCUCGGCCUGUUGGUUUAUUGUCUUCUUGCUAAUGAUGAUUUGACACCAACAUAUUGUAAAAACGUUCGUUCAUUGUCUUCUUCCUUAUGAUGAUUUGACACCAACAUAUUGAACAAACAUUUCUGUAAUUGUUGUCUUCCUAAUGAAGAAUUGACACCAACAUUAUAUAAACGUUCGUUUAUUGUUUUUUCCUAAUGAGAAAUUCACACCAACAUUGUAUAAACGUUCGUUUAUUGUCUUCUUCCUAAUGAGGAAUUCACACCAACAUUGUAUUAACGUUCGUUUAUUGUCUUCUUCCUAAUGAGGACUUGACACCAACAUCCUAUAAAAGUCGGACAGAUUUGAAGGGGGAAUAUUGUCAAGCUUGGAAUAUCGUGCAGAAAGCUGAAACACAAAGUCAGAGAGAAUUCCCACGCGUGCCAAGUGAAGAUGAACCCCAAAAUCUUGAUCUUCUGCGUGGCAGCGACACUUGUCGUGUUCAGCGUUGUGGCCAGGGCAGAGGAGGUGAGAGGAGACGAGGAGGGAGGAGAGGAGGAGGAGGGAGGAGAGGUGGCGCUUCCAACUGAGGAGGAGAUAGAGGAAACCAUCGGAGAGGCUUUGAAAGAG